GGCGAAAUUUCAUUCAAUCCUGGCAGACUAUCUGGGUCUUAAGCUCUCCUUCUGGAGUUUCGGUAUCUGUAGCAAUUCUAUGCAAUGGCCAGCAAGAAGAGCAACAAAGGAGAGCUGCUGUUGCCUCUUUUUGUUCUAUUCUUUGGCUCAUCUCUUGGGGCCAUUGACACCAUCAGACCCAAAGACUUGCUGACAAGCAAUGACACUCUGGUUUCCGGGGCGGGGUCUUCGAGCUCGGCUUCUUCGAUGACAUCAGUUCAGGCAUUUAUUACCUGGGAAUUUGGUUCAAGGCCGAUCUGAACAGAAGAGCCGUUUGGGUCAACCGCGAGAACCCCAUGAUCGAUUCGUCGUGUACUCUUCAGAUAAGGUACGACGGUAACUUAGUACUGAUAGACCGGCGACAGACCCCAAUGAUAGUCAAUUCAGGAACGCUCGCAACGAAUCCAAACACUUCUGCGACACUUCUUGAUUCUGGGAAUUUCAUUCUCAAACAAGGCGGCACUGUUAUCUGGCAAAGUUUCGAUUAUCCGACCGAUACGUACUUGCCUGGCAUGAAAAUUGGGUGGUUCGGUCUCAACACGGAUCAAUCCAGGAUACAAGUCCUCGUUUCGUGGGUGAGUCCACAAAAUCCAUCUCGAGGCUCAUUCACUUUAGGAGUCAACUAUAGCGCGUCGACAAAGCUUGGUGUUUGGCGCAGAGAUAAUGUCCACAUGGAUAUCGGGUUCUGGGACCGAGGGAGUUUCAGAUUCAUCUUCGCUAACACAUCAGAUAGAUACAACUUCAGCUAUGUCUCAAAUGAAAAUGAGACUUACUUCACAUUUAGUAGCAAAGGCACACAUGCAUCCACAUGGUUUGUGAUGGCUUCGACCGGCGAACUAGAGGAGCAUAACAUGGUAGAUGCGGACGGUAAUAUAUCGUUUUCGUCCAUGAGCCAUCAGCUGUGCGAAGAUUCCAAGGAGGUAACUCUGACAAAUGCUUGACUUCGAUGCCAUCUACGUGCAAGGAGGGCAAUGACUUCACGCAGAUCAAUGGCACAGUGCCAGAUUCAGCACUUGUUACUACGAUGCACGUGGGAUUCAACCAGUGCAAGGUCUUGUGUUGGGGUAAUUGUUCUUGCAUGGCAUUCGUGUUUCGUCAAGACGAUCAAGCCAUGUGCCAACUUUAUUAUGGGAACAAGAAGGACUUGUUGAGGUCCAGAGAUGGAGGAAGCGGGACGUUCUACGAGCGAGGCGACACUUCUGCAGAGAACGGUGGCAUAAGGAAGAAACUGCGGUUGAUUGUUGCUGCUGCUCUGGCGUCCUUAUCAGUUCUUAUCUUAGUAAUCCUAUCUUAUGUGCAAUGGAUUAGGCACAAGAAGAAAGAAGGAAAUAAAGUGAGGAAUGGUGAAGCGACAAGUGAGAGCUUGGAUACAGCAUUAGUCCGAAUAGGGGUCCUAGCAUCAGAUAAAGAUCUCGUGAGCGCAAAGAAGGCAGAAAUAAGCCAGCAGAAAGACCGGGAAUUAGCACUGUUUACUUUUUCCAGCAUUGAAGUCGCAACAGACUACUUUGCGCCAAGAAAUAAACUCGGCGAAGGCGGUUUUGGCCCGGUUUACAAGGCAAGAAAAGCAUAUAAUCUCACUAUUAUAUCGACAGUAAUUAUCGAUGGUAACGAAAUGUGGAUGUUGACUCCAGGGUCAACUUAUCGAGGGACUGGACAUUGCGGUGAAGAGACUUUCGAAGAUGUCUCGGCAAGGGUUGGAGGAGUUCAAGAACGAGGUAACUCUAAUAUCUAAGCUGCAACACCGGAACCUGGUGAGGCUUCUGGGAUGCUGCAUCGAAGGAGAAGAGAGCAUUCUGAUUUACGAGUACAUGCCCAACAAAAGCUUGGAUUCGUUCAUUUUCGAUCCUGAGAAAAGAGCGCUUUUGGAUGGGAGGAAACGCGUCAGCAUAAUCGAAGGCAUUGCUCAAGGGAUCUUGUAUCUCCACAAGUACUCUAGACUCCGCAUCAUCCACCGCGACUUGAAGACCAGCAACAUAUUGCUAGACAGCGACAUGAACCCUAAGAUAUCCGAUUUUGGCAUGGCAAGAAUCUUUGGAGAGAACGAAACUCAGGCAAAAACGAUUAGAGUUGUGGGGACAUGUGGAUACAUGUCCCCAGAAUAUGCAAUGGAUGGUCUAUUCUCAGAGAUGUCAGACGUGUUCGCAUUCGGGGUCAUUUUGCUGGAGAUAGUGAGUGGUGAGAAGAAUAUCGCCUUCUUUGAGUGCGACCAUUGGUUGAACUUGCCGGGAAAAGGUUGGAAUCUAUGGAAAGAAGGGAAGUGCAUGGAGUUCAUGGACCAGACACUAGCCACUUCUUGCUCAGCAAAUUCAGCGGAACGGCUUGCAGCUGGCCUACUAUGUGUGCAAGAAAGGCCAAUGUAUCGACCUACGAUGUCGGAUGUGGUCUCAAUGCUCAACAAUGAGACAAUUCCUCUGCCUCUUCCAAGAGAACCGGCAUUCUUAAUCCGCUCAGCAUUGAGCUCAAGAAGGCACAGACUUUUUUCCGCAAGUGAGAUUACAGUUUCAGAGUUGUGUGCCAGGUAAAAAAGGCAGAGGACUAGCCAUCAUGGCCCAAUAGCAUCUUACGCCAUUGAGGCUAAUAUUGUAGAUUUCAAGCAAGAGUUGGCAAAGCCAACCAGAGUUGUUACUGUUGCUUCAUGUAUGAGAUUAGUCAUGCUGAAGGAAGAAAAGGGCAGGUUUUAUAUAGGGCAGGUUUUAUAUGGAUUUGUACAUGAUUUGA